UAACGGGAUGGUUGACUUGAGUCAGAAGUAAUGGAUACAUUUUGGUGGGUAGUUUAGUGGGCAUGAUACAGCAAAAUGCCAUUUUCUCUGAAGUUUUUGAACAUAUUUGUUGACAUACUUUUUCUUCUAGCCAAAGCAUAGUGUUCAUAAAUGGUCAUAGUAAAAUUACAAUAUGAGAACAUGCAUGCAGGAAAUUGCGUAAAAAGUUCUGUAGUUGGGUAUCGAAAAUGCGCUACUACCACCAGAGCGCGCACUAUCGUUUCUAAAUGUGGGGCGUGACGCUGUGCCUGUACAAGUUUCAAUGAGCGACGCGCUCGUACACUUACAGCAAACAGAAUUUCAACAUUCCGCUUUCACUUGAACAGCGGAUGGGCACACCCAAACAGAUUCAGGAGAAACGUUCAGAUUGGGAUGCGAAGAGUCUUUCGUUCCAGCGUUUUGAACGGGAGGUCGGGAUAAUGUUAUAAUCUUAACCCUAUGGGCACAGAGAACGCAACAGGUUGCAGCCAUGGCAAUAAAAGGAUUUGUCUGCCAAUGGAGUCUCUUGUUAUUGUCCAUUUGGCCUACAAGAGACCAACUUGUGGAGGGAUGUGCAUGCCCUGGAGCCACCAUUCUGGCCCAGUUUCCACCAGAGUUGCCCUCUGAGUCUUGCUGUCUGAACUACUCUGGCUCCUCUUUCAACCAUGUCCUUUGGCCCACACUCAGCAAUGGGACCAAUUUACAGAUGCUGGAUCUGUCCCACUGUAACAUCAGCCGUAUUGAGGUGGGCACUAGCUGGGCUGCAUCACCUCUGAUGGUGGUCUACCUGAGACAUAACAGACUAACCGUGCUGCCAGGAAACUUCCUGGCCACUCAGCCCAGUCUCAGGGUGUUGGAUCUGGGCAUGAACCUUUUAGGGGAGUUGCCUGAAGGCUUCUUCCAGGGCUCUGAGGAGCUCCAGGAUCUGGAUCUACAGGGGAACCGCCUGCAUUCUCUCCCCACCUCUGCACUACAGCGGUCCAGUCUGCUGAAGCUGAAUCUGGCUGACAACCCGUGGGACUGCUCCUGUUCCCUGGUGGAGAUCCUGAAGGCUGGAGGGCAGGGGAACAGCAGCAGCCUCGUGGGUAACGUGACCUGUGCCUCUCCCAACAGCCUGGUAGGUGAGAGUGUGUGGUCAGUCAGGGGGAGUGAUGUGUGCCGUCCCCCAGGCCUAACUGCCCUCUUCAUCCUCCUCCCCCUCCUCAUCCUCCUGGCCCUGGUGCUCUGUUGGUGCUGCGGGAGGACGAAAAAGAGGAAGGAGACCCUCACAUUUGGCUCCUCCAAGAACAAGGCCUCUCACCCAGACUGCAAUGGGCACAGGCAGCAUCGAUCCAAACACCCGGGCAGACAGGCGGCCAAGUUGGAGGAGGGUGGCGGAAGGGAAGAUAUCCUGAAAAACCAGCUACUGCUACGCCCCUCCUCCACCCUACUUGGCAGCACCAGAGAUAUCUACGAGGAAGUGGAGAUCAAGUUGGGCUCUGUGGACUCUCUGCCUCGAGCCCCCUCCCACUGUUCAUCUUCCACAGAGGGGGGCCCUGGGAGGCAGGGGGCCGGAGAAGGACUGGAGGUGGGGGGCAAGAAAGAACUGGAUGCAGUGAGUGUGACGGAGGUGAUGAAGGAUUCUGCAGAUAGGGAGAAAGCUUACUUGACCCAGUCCACAGAGUACUACAGCUUAGUGCCCGGCAUCGACCUGGAAGACUCAGACCAUGGAGAGUAUGAGAGUGUGGACCUCUCGUGACACCUAAACCAGGCGACCAGAGAGAAGUGACGUUGGGGGGGGGGGGGGGGGGG